AUGAUCAAACCGCUGCUCGGAGUGUUCGUUGAGAAGGAUGUAUGCAAAUACACAAUCAUACUUUCAGAGUAUUGUUUGGAGGCAAAUCCACUUCCGAAUCAGGUCGCAUAUGUGUUCAUCGUGGAGAACCAAGCCACCCGUGAAUCGUUUAGACCAAAUGCUUAUCGAAUGCACAAUAAGCCCUUCAUCAUAAGUUCCGGUGGAUCAUCGACCAACCUCCAAGAUCGCCGACUACCUCAAUGCAAGGAAGUGACUGGAGGCACCGAUGAGACCAGCGCCUCUUUUCGGCAUACAAUCUCUCCGAAGCCCCCACUGGCUGCUGCCAACGCGCGCGCGACCAAGUGGAUUCUGCCGCCUGCUCUGCUUACUCGAUCUCUUUCGCCCCACGUCUCCGUGAUGUCCGGCACUGAAGACAGAGGUCUGUUCGACAACAUCCAAGACUGGGGCUUUCCGAAAUACGUUUCACCAUGGGACGUCCGCCAACUAGCGGCUACUGUCAUACCUGUCGACGAAGACGGGUCAAACAAAGCUCGACCUGCAUGUGAGAGAUGUCUCAAAUCCGGCCACAAAUGCCUGGGCUACGAGUUGCCGCUCCGCAUGCAAAACUUUGCCGCCACUGGCGAUGCUGGUGGUAGUCAACAACUAGUCAGAGUCUCAAACACGAGCUCGAGCACUGUUAUUCACCAGAACAUCGUCCCAGAGCUCCCGUUCACAGCUUUUCGUAACCGCAUGGCAUUUUCCCAUCUUGUAGCUCACUACCGCUGGGCUCCGUUUUGGAAACCUCUCUUUCGAAUGUCAUUAGACGGAGAAUUAGAUUCAGAUGUGGCCAGAGCCGAUUAUACGGGAAGCCUAGCGACUGCGCUCGGCUUCAUGGGAAAUUCUGUCAACGAGCCGAGCAUGGUGGCCGAGGGCUAUGAGUUGAAUGGCAAGGUAAUCAGAGCGUUGCAUCACGCUGUGUCAGCGAAGUCCAAUCAGGAGUUGGCGAGGUGGGCCUUCACAAUCAUUAUCCAUAGUCUUUACCAAAUAAAGAACGUGCCCAACGUUCCUCACUAUUACGGCAUGUCGAAAAUUAUAGAAAUGUGUGGGCCAGAGUGCUUUCAGCAAGAGCCAAUGUUGACCUAUCUACGCCAAAUUCGGGCACUUCAUAAUUGGCUGUGGCGUCAGGCGUGCAACUCCUUCAAUGAACAUGAUCACUCUUUUUUUGAAAAAACGACGUGGAAAACUAUCCCAUGGCGAUACAUACCCAAGACCUCACACGACCUGCUGAUGGACCAUUUUGUCGAUAUUCCCGGUCUCACUCUUUCUAUCGCAUCACGCAAUCGACCGUUAUUCAACAACGAGAUAGAGGCCGCCCGUGACAAGAUUGAUCAGCUUCUCAGGGAUCUACGUGACUGGAGAUGGCGCUGGAAGUGUGACAAUCCAGAUGCUGCAAGAGAGGCUGAUAUGCCUCUUGACGAAGAGAUGGAAGACAUUUCAUUGCCUUGGGCCAAGACGUUGGCGUCUAGGCCAAUCGAGGUGAAGACGCCGGAACAGGCUGCCGAGCUCAUCAUCUAUAAUGCUUCAAUCACGCAGCUUAUGAAUUUGCAGGUUUUGUUGGACACGGGAACGCGGCAUCCAAUGCCAUUCCCUAAAGAUAUCGACAAAGCCGUGCUCAAGCCAGCGGAAGAUCCUCUUUACACACCGAAUGAAGUCAAAUAUAGGUGGCAGCCGUCCAUGGAGGGCUUAAGGCUCAUGAGGCUGGCACCGAAGCUCCUAUCUGUUAGCAACGGUACCUCAGUAAUGCUGGCUGCAUCGCCCAUCGGAAUCAUAUACAACUCUCUACUUGCUACGGAGGGUCUUGGAAAUCUAUUUCUGUCAACGAUGGCGGGGCCGAGUGAUUAUACAAUCACAAUUAGAGAGCUUUCUGUCUUUCGCUUAUGCGUAAAGAUGCAAAUUGAUCACGUCGCCGACCACCAUAGCUCUUCGCACAUCGUUUUCCACCAUCAAAACCAAAAGAUUGCGUCGAGGGGGAAUCGAACCCCCGGCUCCCCGACGCUGCUGGAUGGCAACGGAGAAUUUUACCACUAA